GCCAUGGCGGCAAACACAGGAUUCCGGCUGGGCGAAGAACACUUUUCAGAUGCGAGCGACAGCGACCAAUCACAGACGAGCCGCCCAAGCUCGUCGCCCAAGCAAGCCAACGGCCAGGUACACCACCCACCAGCGCGCAAGUCGAAGAACAAAAAACAAAAGGACCGACGCCAGAUGGGCGCACUGGCAGAAGAGCUAGUCGAUGUCUUGGGCGGCGCGUUCUCGGCCUCAGACGCUGGUGCACAGGCCGGCACAGAUCAGCGACCAAGCGGUGACCAGCCCAUGGUAAUAGACGCAGACUCUGCAGGCAAAAAGAUGAAUAAGCGUACCCGCCAGAAUCUCGCGAGGAUGCAGGCCCGUAAAGAUAGGAAUAGCUCCACGAUGAAAGACGUCUCGGAAGACAAGACGUUGCAGGCUCAGAUGGCAGCCGCGCAGCGUAGGGGCAUGUCGUUGGAAGACUAUCGCAAGCUUGGCACUGGCAAAGGCAUGACCAAGGCUUCGGCGCGGAGGGUAAAGAAAGAGGCAAUGCGAAAGGAGCGUGCAGCUGCAGCUGCAGCAGUCGACGACAUGGAGAUUGGAUAGGCGAUUGACACUGCACAAAAAAAAAGGGGGGGGGCACACCAAGCGUGUUUGAAGAAACC